GAUGCCUUCGAUGCGAAUACCGGGAUGUGAAGGGCGGCGUUCUGGCGGACGCCAUCGGCUACGGCAAGACAGCAUGCACCAUUGGACUCAUCGACAAAACGAAGGAGUCUCCCUUGCCAAGCGUCCCCACAGCUUUCCGAGGCUUCAUUCCUAGCCGAGCCACGCUGGUCCUGGUUCCCACAAACCUGCACAAGCAGUGGCUGUCCGAAAUCACCAAGUUCACGGGAGACGCGCUGAAGGUCAUUUCUGUGCCCACCUGCGCGCAGCUGAAGCGGCUGACUGUCAAGGAGCUGUCGGAGGCAGAUGUUGUCGUAUCCACCUACCGGCUGUUCUACUCCGCGCCGUACCUGCGACGGCUGGAGGAGCUCGCGCGGGAGAGCUCCUUCGGCUUCGCGUUCCCCAAGCACAAGGCAGGUGCUCAUGAAAGGGAGGAGUGGUCCCAAGCAUAUCGCUCGGCCUUUGAAGCACUUCCUGGCUGGGCUGCAAAGCUGGGCAUCGACACGGAGCCUACCACACCAGCCAGGCGUCCGGUGGCUGCUGCCGAAAACAGCGAGUUGAAGGGAGAAAGCAAGCGCAGAAGGGGCAAGGUGGCAAAGGCGAUGGAGGUCAAAGAAGAGACCCAGGCGGAGGAAGUCCAGGGCAAGCGUCGAAGAAACAAGGGGGCGAAGGCGCCAGAGGUCAAGGAAGAGACCCAG